AUGCGGGCAGAGAUCAACAAGCUGAAAAAAGAGAAUCAAGUCCUCCGGAAGAAGCUGACUUCAAGUAGUCAGAGAACUCCUGGUCCCAGCGGAGAAUCAGGAGAUGAAAUGGAAGAGGAAGUCACAGACCUUGGUAACCGCGAAAAAGCAUCUGAAAAAUCUCCAGCAACCCUUCACGGUGGUGUUUCCAUUGAUGCGGCACCAGCUGUACGCGAACGUCAAGGCAAUGUCAUGAUUGUUAGACGCUAUUCCAUUUCCUCACCAGUUCAUUCAUUUGCUGCAAAUGAUCCCUGGAAAGCCGGGGAAAGAUACCAAAAGAGUGGAAUUCUAGAAGCUCAGGGAAGAGUUAAGUCACUGGCAUGUUCUUCAAUUAAGAAGCACGACAAUGAAGAACAGAUGUUUGCAGCAGAUUCUUUGACCAGCACUAAUUCCAACCAAAGAGCUUCUCCUGAGCAUGUUUUUGGUGAUGUAACCAGGUAA